AGCCGAUCUCGCUCGCCCCGGAAGUGUAAACCCCGAGCUCUCGCAGGUGUGGAUUUCGCCGGUCAGGCGGUUUCUGUAGCGAUGCCAAGAGCGGCAGCAGAGGGUGUGGAGUUGGUCGAGAGCAUCGAGAGUUUCGUGGAGGCGCUAAAGCGGGGCGGCGGGCGGCGCAGCUCGGAAGACAUGGCUCGGGAGACCCUGGGGCUGUUACGCCGGAUCAUCACGGACCACCGCUGGAGCAACGCAGGGGAGCUGAUGGAGCUGAUCCGCAGAGAGGGCCGGAGGAUGACGGCCGCGCAGCCCUCAGAGACCACCGUGGGCAACAUGGUGCGGAGAGUGCUGCGGAUCGUCCGGGAGGAGUAUGGCAGACUGCAUGGACGCUGCGACGAGAGCGAUCAGCACGAGUCCCUGCACAAACUCUUGACAUUCGGAGGCCUGAACGAAGAUUUCAGUUUUCCUUAUGCCCAACUCCAGUCCAACAUUAUUGAGGCAAUUAAUGAGCUGCUUGUGGAAUUGGAAGGAACAACAGAGAACAUUGCAGCCCAGGCUCUGGAGCACAUCCACUCCAAUGAGGUGAUCAUGACCAUUGGCUUCUCUCGAACAGUAGAGGCCUUCCUCAAAGAGGCUGCCCGAAAGAGGAAAUUCCAUGUCAUUGUGGCAGAGUGUGCUCCUUUCUGUCAGGGUCAUGAAAUGGCGAUCAAUUUGGCCAAAGUAGGUAUUGAGACAACUGUCAUGACUGAUGCUGCCAUUUUUGCUGUUAUGUCAAGAGUCAACAAGGUGAUCAUUGGCACAAAGACCAUCCUGGCCAAUGGUGCCCUGAGAGCUGUGACAGGAACUCACACUCUGGCACUGGCAGCGAAACACCAUUCCACCCCGCUCAUCGUCUGUGCUUCUAUGUUCAAGCUGUCCCCACAGUUCCCCAAUGAAGAAGAUUCGUUUCACAAGUUUGUGGCUCCUGAAGAAGUUCUGCCUUUCACAGAAGGAAUAGUUGUCUUUGCUGUAUUUUCUAAAUACACAUGGUUUUGGGAGGAGAUUUCUGCUGCCCUACUCACGCUGCCAUCUUGAGCACCCCCAGUCCCUGAGUUUUUAAAGAGGCCUGAUGGAAGACUGCAGGGAAACUCCUGAAGCCUGAGAUUUAGAAUGUAAAGCAGCAGCAGAGAGAAGUGAAGAGGACAUGAAGGAAAGGAGGGGAUGAAGCCCGGCUGUGGGCAGUCCAGGGAGGGAGACUGGGCCCUGAGAGUUCAGCAUCAUGUAAAUCACAUUCAUACAGAUGAUGAAGCUGGAAAAAUUGCAAAACAAAACCCCAAAAAGCCCUUAUCCCCCACCCCCAGAAUACCACAAACCAGCCAACCAGACAAUCAGACAAUUCAUCAUUAAAUUUUAUCCCUAAAUAAGUUAGAAAAAGUAGAUAUUAUAGGCAACCUCCUGGGACCAUGGAUGAAAAUGAAUGAACUGUCUUCAGGCUUGAAUUCCAUCUGGUUACCCAACUAGAGGAAUUGUCUGCUCAGGGAAAAUUGACAUGUUGCUUGGACCCAUGGUGCUGAGUCAGUCAACUGCUGGUGCUCUCUGCCGGGAGGUGAGCAGUUAGCAUCAUUAUGGUUCCUUAUAGAGCAAUAUUUCUGUUCUCAUGGUGGCUCACAAGUAGGCAGAGAUGCCUGCAGGCUUUGCCUUGUAUCACAUCCUUCUGCUUUUCCAAAGAGACGCCAGGCCUGAGCCAUUUUGUGAAGUUUAGCAAGAUUGGGUUUCAUCUAUUGGAAGAAAGAGAGUAACUCCAAUUAGCAGUAUGAAAAGCCAAGUAGCAUAUACAUAUUUACUUAUAUGAAAACACUUACAUUGAGUUAUGACUAUUCAAAUCUGUUUAGAUUUCUAAUUUCUGGAUUCAUUAUAGAUUUCCUUAGGAUAAAUGGGACCGAAAACUUAAGUCUUGAUUCCCAUCUCUCAAGAAUGAGGUCAAAACUUUUUCAUUGUCAGGUGAAACAAAGAAGUUUUAAUGGAGUAAAAUCUAUUGGAUAAGUCAGAAAACACAAGUACCUGAAAAUUCCUUGCAACAAAAGAUUUCAUAGCCCUUAGCAGGAAAGACAAGCCAAAGAAAAGAGUCUGGAGAGCAGCAGGGACAUUCCUAUUAUGCUCUCAUGUUCUGUUUCAUUUCAGUUUAUAACAAGGAUAGAAAAUGUUUUUUAACUUAAAUCACUCUGUGCCUUUAUUGCAUUAUCCACAUCAUUGUUCUGGGCUGCUGAGUAAUCUGGGCCAAACCACAA